CUUCCGUAGCAACAAAUAAUUCUGAUAAUCAAUUGAAAUCAACAAACUGACUUUAAAAUUUUACAAUUUUUCUGAAAAUUGUUGCAAUAUUUCGAAAUGAAUUCAGCAAUUCACCAAUUCGUUAGACGAAGCCCCUUGCUUCUGAGACAAAGCGGUGUUUCUAAAAAUUUUGUACGCACGGAACUAUGCGGUGGGGUUCCCGGAGAGAAUAUGCCGUUCAAGUUUCACAAUAGGUUCACUUUUACACUAAAAUGUUGGAUCUUUUUUGUCUCUGGUUUUUGGGCCCCCCAAUUCGUCGUGGUUUAUCAACUUCUUAAAUAGUUAUCAAUCAUAAUUGUUUUUUUUUUAAUAAAUGAUUGUUUUCUAAACUUUAUUUAAAUUUAGCGCGAAAUUUCAACAGUUGACAAACAUGUAAACGUAACCUAACAUUUUCAAAUAUUUCGCUCCAAUUUUUCGCAAUGACUGCCAUCGAAGCGAAAAUACGUGAAUUGGGUCAAAAACGCGACAUUGAAGGCCUACAAGAAUACGUGACUAAUUUAACCGUGGAUGAGCUUGUAAAUGUGAUUCAGACACGGUUAAAUAACUCAAAUUUUACGUACACAUGGAAUUACAUUCUCCAAGGCUUCUCGGAGAGUUCAAACUCUCAUAAAAAACGCUUUGAAGUUGUUUUGAAGGCUAUCAAAGAAGUGGAGAAAAGUGAAAUUUCAAGUUCUAACAGCAAUGCUAUUAUGCGGCGACUUUGUAUGGAAUUUGCCAAAUUUCAUACGGAACAUUUGUUAAAAUUGUGUGAUUUUUGUGUUGAAUGUUUACAGUCUCAGAGAUUUUCACAAAUGAGUUGGAAAGAAUUAUUACCCGAAUUAUUAAACGUAUUAAGUGAGAAAGAACGUAUAGAACACGAUGAUGAAGAAAUAUCCGGCAUUGAUUAUAAGCAUCAAGUAAUUAAUAACAUAUGCACAUUGCAGUGGUCCCCCAGUAUUGUUAUAACAUUAACUGAGAUGUUUAUCGACCUUUCACUCUCAAAGGAAGAACACUCGCAAGUUGUUAACAAGUUGGGAAAGCAAUUAGAAAAAAUGACUCCACAAGAAAUCCCAGCUUUUGUUUACCAGCUGUUGAAAUUGUGUAAAAACAACAACAGUAGAAUUAUCUUUAUAAGAUUACAACAUUAUUUCGCCUUGAGAUAUCAUGAUAAAUUAUUGGAUCAAAGCAAUUCAAAUUCAGACAGUACAGAAAUGGAUCUAAUUGAGGACGCUUCAGGUCAAGACAUUUUGGAAGCAGAAGCAACAGUACUAUACCAUAUCCACACUUCAGCGUCUCUAGGCUAUGAGUGUAUUAAAGAUUACUUAAGUUUCUUAAAAAACGUUUUGAGAACACCCGAAUUUAUCCUCCACCCCUUCCAAUUGAGUGUUUUAUUAACUUUGUCCACAAUACCUCACUAUGAGGAGAGAGUUUUUGAAAUAAUUAGGUCCUGUGUUUCUAGGAUGUUUCACGAAGAACAGAAGAAAAUUUCUUCAGCUUGGUUCAAGAAUUUGGUCCCUCUUAAAACUAGACUUGAAACAAUCUUUGACCAUGUUGUUACCUCCAGUGCCCAGGACCGCGAUUUGGUUGUUCAAGGACUUGUUAAUUUUGCUUUUGUGCUUCUUGGAGUUGGCUCAGCCUUGGGUCGAGACCCAAUCGCUGAAAAACAGUGGCAAUUAGGGAGUAUCAUUUUGUUUAAAGUAAUUAAAAGAAAGCGACACACUGCUUCCAUCAUUAUGGAAAAUCUCAGCAACAGAAUUAUGACUGAACAAACAGUGUCUCAAUAUAUUGAAUGUCUCUACAUGAUGAGUAAAAGCUUGGCUCUCUUAAUGUUGGAAAACAAAAGCACUAUUAUUUCACUUAUGGAAGGCUUAAUCCAGAUACCAUCAACAAACGCUUUGCAAUUGCUAGAUGCGAUUAUUCCUCUCACUAAAGUCUCACCUACCAUCAGAGAUCACUUUAUUCUCUUGUUGAGAAAAGCUUUAUAUUCAAGGGUUACCGAAACGAGACAAGUUGCAGUAAUUGGAUAUUUAAAAUUAUUGACAAACUUGAAAAUCUCUGAUUUAACCGUUUUGAGUCAAGGAUCUUAUUCAUCCGGUCAUUCGUUGUUUACUCAAAUUUCGAUGAGUAGAGCAUCGCAAUGCACACCUAGUGCUUUCAGUAACGAAGCUCUCUCUUUGGAAAUUUUGAGUAUCCUGAAACGAUGUUUUAUGCAACAAGCUGAAGUUAGGAUUCAAUUAUACACAGGUCUCUAUGACGCUAUUUGUUUGAAUCCGGACUUGGGAAUACCAAUUUUGGAAAUGAUUUGGUCACACUUUUGCGAUUUUUACAACAUUGAUGAGGAGACGGCAGUUCCGUUGAAGUUUGAAAAAAUCACUCUCACUAGAGAUAUCAGUGUUUCUUUACAAGAACCUUUGGGUAAACUAAUAUACACAAUCGGGCUUAUUGUCACAAAAUUAAAUAAAAACGACAAUGAAAAUCCCACUAUAGCCAGAUUUAUUAACGUUUUGGAAUCAAUUUGCCAAAGAAUGAUAAAUUGCGAAUUGGUUCAUUUUGAAUUGAACGAUGGUACCGAUUUGGGGGAUAUAAUGCCCGAAUCUCAACACAAACUUUUCGUUUUGAAAGAAGCAAUGAAUGUUUAUGAAGCCCUGAUCGGUUACAAGUUUCACUCUUGGGAGUUAGACUCGGAAAAUAACGGCAAACAAAUUAGUGGUUUGUUUCAAGGCUACAUGCGACUCUCACACUGUUUAAAAAAUGUAAACAAACCAAAAAAAUUAGACAAAAAGAAUAAAACAACACAAAGUGCAAAUAACACAACUAUGAAAAAAGAGCAUAAAUCGUCAAGUAAAUAUUUAAAAUUUCCAGAAACUGUGCUAGAUUUUCAAGUAAUGGCGAAAAUUAUAAGUUUUCUUCACGAACCAAUGGUUUCUUGGACUACAAUCGUUCAAGCAAAUGUCGUCAAAUCAAAAAGGGAGUUUCACCAACACAUAAUGCAAGCAACUCUUAAUUUAGUUUCAUCAAUAAAAAACAAAAAAAUAAUUGAAACACCGACUGCUAAAGUUGUUUAUGAACAUUUGUGCGAUAUUGCGAUGGUUAUUUAUGAGAGAAUAAUCAAACGGAUGGAUGAAUUUAUAGAUUUUGAUUGUACGACAGCUUAUUUAGCAGCCGAUUGUUUUUUACUAAUUUUGAAUAUUAUCAACAAUCACCACGGAAGCAAUUUCAAAGCGUUUUUAUGUCGAGUUGGUGGUAAAGACACAAGUGAAGACCUAACCAGUCAUUUAAGAGAGUUUAUUCAAACUUAUCAAAAAUUAUUUGAAACGGACGAAGAACAACUUUCUGAGGAUCCAGAUGUUAAAAAAAUGUCACUCAUUAUUAUCAAUACUUUGAGCUUUUUUGCAAACCAAAUUCCAGUUACUAGUAACACUUUAGCGUUACAGAUGAUGGAGUGGACUAAAAAUUACGCCGCAAGUAACGAAAUAAAAAGCAAGCAAGUCACCAACAUUUUUAUUACUUUGUUAUUCGAAUGCCAUAUUAAAUUCAAAGUUAGUUUAACGUUUUUUGAGCAAAUAUCUGUCCACAUUGGUGAUGUAACAGGUGUGAUUAAUGAGGAGGAACACACAACUGAAGAGUAUAAAGUUUUAAAUGAACAAACCGUAAAUAACAUUUUCACAUGUUUGUGUAACAAUAUCAAGUCACUACUUGAAGAUAUCGACUGGGUUACUGCUCGUUUGAGAGCCGAAUUUUCUAUAAUAAAUUAUCCUAGCGAUGAAGGCUUGGAGAGGAGGCGUGAAGAGUUACAGUCGCGCGAACGUGGAGUUUGCUGUCAUUUAUGUUUCAUUGUCACAAUUUUAACCAAUUUAAGUAAUUGUACCAUCCCUCCCGGGGGGCUAUCUGAGACUCUUUUAAAGAACUUAUCGUUGUUAUAUUGCACGUUGAGUUCUCUAGCAAAAUAUUUUAUAUUACGAUCGUCUAAAAUCAACCCGGUUUUCCAAAACGCUAAAUUUGAACGAUUAGUAAAAUUGGCUGGUAAACAAUUAGCCCCGGUUGUUUACAAGCUGAUUAUGUAUAUCGAAGAGAGUCAAAAACAAGAACCUGAAUCGCCGAAAAAAUCAAAGAAGAAAGUUGACUCGACGACGUUGAAAAGUAAAGUGUUGAAGGAGACACGGCUUAUUCCUAAAGUAAUUUAUGAGAUUGAACAAUUUAGUAAAUUUGUUAUGCAACUGUCUAACAAGACUAAAAUUGACUUGGCCAAGUUUAUGGGUCAGGGGACUGUUCGAGAUUUCAGGAUUUUGCAUUUGAAGGAGGUUUUGGAGCAGGCGAAAGAUGGGGUACCACAAACACAAGAGAGUGAUACUAGUGUGGUGGAGAAUAAUGAAGAGAGUGAUGAGGAAACGUCACCGCCUCCUCCCAAACGUCGCAAUCUUGAAACCCCCACGUUAGGCUUGAUGCGUAUGAUGGGACGCGCCCGCGCAUUGCUUUCGGAGUUGGAGUUCGGUGGAAACUGCAGAGGAUUUAAAAUGACCGACAGCAGCGAGGCGGAGUUGCCGCCCCAGACCAACGGUCUUUCCGACAGCAUGGACGAUGAAGAACGCGCUAAAAUCCGCCCCGUCGACAUUGACGCCGACGUUAAGGAAAUGGAGCGUCGCAAACGCGUCGAAAUAAUAAUGAACAGUAAAAUGUUCCGUGAAGAACUUGAACGAAUCAUUGAGACUCAACUAAGAGAAGGCUCCGGUACCACCGGCCUCAUGCAACAAAUCUCGGACAUGAUGGGAGUGAACAAACAAGCCGGAAACGUGUUCAAGAAUUCGAACUGUGUUGUACCGAUCAACGACAUUCGCGGCAUCGAAGCAAUGGGUUAUAGUAAAGGCGAGAAGAUUCUGAGGUGUAAAUUAGCGGCCGUUUUCCGAUUGAUUGAUUUGUAUGGAUGGACCCAAGGCGCCAACACUUUGGUCACCGCGAGAUUGAACCAGGACGAGGAGCACUUUUUGGUGAAUCCAUACGGGAUGAUGUUUCAUGAAAUCACCGCUUCCAGUUUGAUUAAAGUUGCGAUGCAAGGCAACGUUAUCGAACAAGGCACCACGAACUUUUCCGUGAAUAUUUCGGCCUUUUCGUUGCAUGCGGCCGUCCAUGCCGCCCGCCCCGACAUUAAAUGCAUCAUCAACGUCCACACGCCGUCAGUAGUGGCCAUUUCCGCCUUUAAACAGGGGAUUUUGCCUCUGAGUCAAGAGUCGGUAGUCAUAGGAGACGUUAGUACGCACACGUAUCUUGGAGGUCUGCUUGAUCCUGAGGAGAAAGAUAAAUUGGCGAGGAAUUUGGGGCCGAAUAAUAAAGUUCUUUUGUUGUCGAAUCAAGGGGCACUCUGCUGUGGAGAGACAAUAGAAGAGGCGUUUUUCAACGCGCGAAAUACCGUCCAAGCGUGUGAGUCCCAGCUCAAAUUGAUACCAGUCGGACUCGAUAAUUUGGUACUGUUGAAUGAUGAGAUAAGGAAGAAGCUUUAUGAUGCGGCACAUAAGCCGCCAGAGAGUAGUCCGAGACCGGAUCAACCGUCAAUUUUGGAAGGGAAAGUUGAAAGGAAAUGGAGGGUUGGUGGUAUUGAGUUUGAGGCAUUGAUGCGGAUGUUGGAUAAUGCGGGAUUCAGGACGGGAUAUAUUUAUAGACAUCCCUUGGUCAAGGGAGAAGUACCGAAGCCGAAAAACGACGUCGAAGUACCCCCGGCAGUUUCUUCCCUUGGAUAUCUGUUGGAAGAAGAGGAGCUAUACAGGCAAGGACUUUGGAAGAAGUUGGAAGGCGGAAGGAAAGGACACGACCGCAGCCGUUGGUUGAAUUCCCCGAAUGUUUAUCAAAAAGUCGAAAUAUUAGAAACCGGCACACCUGAUCCUAAAAAGAUUACAAAGUGGGUCGCGGAAGGAUCACCAACUCAUUCCAGUACACCUGUCAAAAUCGAUUCGGCCUUGCAGUUCGUCCCUAAAGGUACAAACCCGAAAGAAUUCAAAUUGAAACAACAACAGAUCAAGGAUUACCGAAGAGCCGAUAAGAUAUCAGCCGGUCCCCAGUCGCACAUUUUGGAAGGAGUGACAUGGGAGGAAGCUCGAAAAAUGCAAGAUGCUACUGUCACCCAAACAGGAGAUCAAGUCGUCUUAAUGGGGGCCGCCUCCAAGGGAAUUAUUCAACGCGGACAUCAACACAACGCAAUGGUGUAUAAAUCCCCAUACGCCAAAAACCCGUUCGAUUCGGUCACAGACGAGGAAUUAGACGAGUAUAAGAAAGUCGUCGAGAAAAAAGUCAAAGGCGAAUAUGAUACAGAUUUUAGCGAGUCUGAAGGUUUAUCUUCAGCUCAAAUAAACAAAAGAAUGAGUGAUCACUUCAGGUCACCGACUUCUGUUACUAGCGAAACAGAAGAGGAGAGUAGAGAUGAACCCCAAGUACUUCGGAUAGAAACCAAACAAGCCCCCAAACCUAGCCAACCCGAAGUCGUUUUGAGUGAUGGUGUUAAAACCAGAAAACAUCCACGAAACGUGCAUUUUACCACAAGCUUGCCCUACUAUCGCACCAACAAUUUCGCUGGGUUACCCAAAGGCUCAUAUUCCAUUCCUAAUCCUCAGCAUUUUCAUAUUGUCCGGCAAAAUAACAUCGCAAAACCUUUACGACCCCUUCUUGUAAGAGUUGCCCCUCAAACGCGUGCCACUCAUUAUGUUUUUAACCGGUUUAAUGUCAGUUGUGAUCGAAAUACUCAAACUGUUACAAUUAAUAUUGGGAAUUAUCGGGCAGUCUCCCUCGCCAUGUCAUUGCAAACUGUUGAUGAUUUUAUAAGACCGUUUGCUAACGCUUUGAAUAUUUUGAAUUCGACGGAUUCUGUAACAAGAGAGGCUCAAACGUCGUAUAUGGUUCAGGAAAAUCACUCAAAUUUCGAAUAUACUCCACUGAUGAAAGACGAUUCGAGCUUCGAAAAACAGAUCUUGCAAAAGUUGCACGACAAUCUCAUCACUGAUUUGACCAAAAGCGAUUCGGAUUCAUUUGAUUCUGAAUCGGUGAAACUCGACUCAAGUGCAAGCGAAUCAGAAUCAGAAUUAUCGGAAAUUGUUGAUUUUACUGAGGCCGAUUCGGUGAAGGUUAAUGAAAAUUUGGCCGAUAUUCCGGAUGAUCUUCAAAACAAUUCGCAAGUUUCUUCGAAUCUUGAUGAAGGUCUAGGUGAUUCGGCGAAAUUGUCACCACCAACCCAAAAACUACCGCCUGAUGACAAAGUUGUAAAACUCGGACAGAUGAUUUUUGAGUAUAUGGCCGAGCAAGGGUUUGAGGAUUCGGAUCUUGUGAUCUUCCCCGAGUUGAAUAAUGAUGUUAACACCAGUAAAUUAAUAACGAAAUUGGUUGAAACCUACCGAGAGUUGUACGGUGAUAAUUUGACAAAUGAAGAACGCAGCGAUUUACGUAUUGUAAUUUCUUCCUAUGUUUUACAUUUGGUCGAGAGAGAUGACAAAAUGGUUUCGUCUACCGAUUCGCUCGAAUUUCCAAUGGUUUCAGACAAAAUUUUCAGUAUUUCGGAAACACUCUCAGCUAUUAUGGACCAAUUUUUUGAUUUACUUGAUGAUAAAGGCGAAGAGUUUGAAGUUUUUAACGAACCCAUGAAAAAUUUCAACGACAAUCUUCACCACUCGACACCUGAACCAAUCAAAAGCCAGUAUGAAGUGUUUGAAGAAGUGACUGCUUUCAAACAAGACAAGUUACAUAAGCCUGGGUGCGAGUCUUACUGGUUUUCUAUUGGUUCUCCCAGGGAACAAAAAUUAGUACUCAAACCAACUCCUCAGAAAAUUAUCAAUGUUGAUGAUAUUCCGUUACCUCUACCUAAAAAUCUUGAUUUUAACGGAUCUAAAUCUUUGUCACCGAUUCCAGAGGAAGUUAGCCGAAAUUUGAUUAAUGAUUUUUUGGAUGAAAAUGAAAAUAUUGAUAUUUUAGCCGGUGGUGAUACCGGUCACGUUGAUUCGGUUUUAUCAGGAGUUAACACAGAUUCGUAUGUUGCUUUUGAUCAUCCGGAAAGUAACGUUGUUGUGUGUUCGAAUGUGUCGUUUCAUCGUACUAUAACAACCGUGAGUUCGGCUUACGUCAAGGCUGAAAAUGUUAGUUUUAAGAAAAAUAAUUCAUUCAAUGGGGAUGAGAGUUUUUAUAGCGUCAAUAGUCAAAAUGAUGAUGAGGGAGAUUGGAUGGGUUUUGAAAAUGCCAAGUUUUAAUGUUUUUGCUUUUUUAUAUUGUAUGUUUUGUAUGCAAAUAUAUGUUUGUACGUUUUUGCCUAAGCAAUAGAAUUUUGAUGUUUAUUUUUUAAUUACAUUGCAUGUUUGAUUGAAUAAAUAAUAAAACACAAAAGCAGCACGCUUUAACCUCACUAAUCACCUUACAUAACAAGAAAUAACGAAACACUAAUUGGGUGGAAGUUGAAAUUCUCAAGGUAUUUAUGUUGUUUUUGUUUGUAACUUUCAAGUUUUUACGCAGUGGUUUAGAUUUGAUU